CAACGCUGUAAACAAGGACCUCCCUCCCUCCGGGUUAAAGAGCGAGCCUCAGGAAAAUGAAUGAAACACCCACUAAAUAGAUGUCAGUAAAUGAAUUAGGUUAAGACCGCUAAGCGCGUCCCCGAGACAAGACUUCAGAUCAGACGCACAGCUGAUGGUUUCCGGCUAGUCAAUGGGGCUGUUUGACAAGUUGGUUGGAUGGCUGGGGUUAAAGAAGGAGGUGAAUGUUCUCUGUCUUGGUCUGGACAACAGUGGAAAAACUACAAUCAUCAACAAACUGAAGCCCUCCAAUGCCCAGGUACAAGACAUCGUCCCAACAAUUGGCUUCAGUAUAGAGAAGUUCAAAACCUCAAGCCUUUCUUUCACAGUCUUUGACAUGUCUGGUCAAGGUCGAUACAGAAAUCUUUGGGAGCAUUACUACAAAGAAGGCCAGGCUAUCAUAUUCGUCAUCGAUAGUGCAGACAAAUUGAGGAUGGUAGUGGCAAAAGAAGAAUUAGACACAUUACUAAAUCAUCCUGAUAUUAAACAUAGGAGGAUACCCAUCCUGUUCUUUGCUAAUAAGAUGGAUGUCAAGGAGGCUCUGUCUUCUGUCAAGGUCUCACAACUGCUCUGCCUGGAAAACAUCAAAGACAAACCCUGGCACAUCUGUGCCACUGAUGCUCUGAUGGGAGAAGGUUUACAGGAGGGAGUCGACUGGUUACAAGAUCAAAUUAUACAAUCAAAUCAAAACAAUGAAAACAUGAGAGCAUGAAGAGGGACCACCCAGAAGCAGCAGUAGCAUUCAUGGAAGUGUUUCAUAAAAGAAACGUCGAUCCUGUUUGUAGAGGUACCACUGAAAGUCAAUGGUUUUCAUUGGAGCUUCUUGGAUGCGCUUGUUCAUUUCCAGUAACAGUGAAAAAAGCAAAAUCCACCAACUGACAGUUAUCAGAGAAAUGCUCAAAUGCUGGUAAUUUUAUUUUGGCAGACAAUAUUUUGAGUUUAAUGAUAUAAGCAUUGUAUAUUAUCAUUGGUAUCAUUGCUGUAAUUUCCACUCUUUGUGAAAGACAUUGUGGAGUGGCUUUUUUUUUUCUUUUACGUUUUUUUGACCCAUUUUAACAGUUCAGUUUUUUUUCCAAUGGCAAAUUUUAAAUAAAUAAAUACAUUCAUUCUAAUCUAUUGUCAUUUUAAAAAUCACACUGUGUGCCCUUUCAGGGGCACGUUAUAGACCUAACAACCACUUGGUCUUUGUUACAGCUAAUACAAAAUGCACAGCUUAUUUUGGGGUUAUCUUGCUGUAGCCACAGGCACCAUGAAUAUUAGCAUUGACAGAAAUGAAAUGGUUUUAGACAGUAGACUGUGUAUCGCAGUAUUUUAUUUUUAGCCAGUUUAUAUAAAUGAUACCUAACUAACUAUACAAUGUGAUAAAAUGUCUACAAUUUUAAUUUUCAACUAGUUUUGUUUUUCUUUUUCUUUUUUUGCCUUAUUUAAUUGCUAUCAGAAAAAAAAGAUACAAUCAAAUACUUAAUUUAAUGUACUCAUGAUGCUUCUGUGAAUCAAAGGCAAAGAAAAAAAGGCAUCUGCUCAAUCCAUAAAAAAUUUACAUUGCAAGUCUUUGAUCCUUUUAUUUAGUCUGAAAGCAGCUUGUUUCAUCUGAUUGUGUUUUUCAAGCUCUGUCAUUUUUUAUAGCAAAUACAAGAUGUUUUCUGUUUAUGAGUGGUUUCAUGACAGAUAUGGCCAGUCUUUUGUACCAUGUAUUUUCUUGUAUCUUGCUCAAGGAUCUAUUUUCUAUGAAAAAACAAAUGUAUAUAUUUCUCUUGGCAAAUUCUACCUGUAAUGCUCAAACAUUCAACCAAAUCUACCAACUCUACCACUAACAGCACAUAUACUAACAAAGGUUAGACAGUGAGAGUUUGAUAAAAAUCAUUUUAGUAAAGCAGCAAAAACUAUUUACCGUGUCACGCUUCUGUAACUUCUAUGCAUAUCAACAAAAUGCACAAAAUAGAGAGGCCCGUGGAGGAUAACUAGAUUAUGUCAUAUGAAAAUAUGCACCCUUUUAUUUUCAAACUUACUUCUCCUAGAAUUGGCUUAACUAUGCUGUUCAGUUACUGUAAAUCAGAACCCAAGCAAGUGAAUUUUUGAGAGCCCAGUAACAGGUCCACUCUCUUGGAAAUGUUUGCAUGUUGUUCCUUUUCCCUUACUCUCAAAUAUUACAGAUCUAAGGUACACUAUUAGUCUCGCUAAAAAUAUUUAACAUUUAUUUAUUCGAGGGGCACAGUGGCGCAGCUGGUAGUGCAGCCGUCUCACAGCAAGAGGGUCCAUCCUUCGGUUGGCAAAAGGGCCUUUCUGUGUGGAGUUUGCAUGUUCUCCCCGUGUUCCCUUGUUAGCUAAUGUGAGCUACCCUCAAAAAAACAUACAACAGUCCUGGGCUACACAUGCCCACUCUGGCCAGCCGGGGCGCCAGAUGGGGUGGGGAGGAUCUGGCAGGAAUAACGUGAUACUUCCACGCGCUACGUCCGGCCAGAGAAGCGCUACCCUGUCUGUGAAAAGAAGCGGCCUGCUCACUCCUCAGGUUAAGAAGGAGACCUGAGCUCAGUGAAGACCCCUCCCAGGGGUGGUAGAGGGAGCAAUGCCCAGGACUGUCACUUAGGUUUUAUCACUAGGUGAUAAAAUGGGUAAAAAAUUGGGGAUAAAAAUAUAUUUAAAAAAAUAAAAUAAAAUGUAUUUAUUCUUAUGGCGGCUGCAUCAUGUUCACUGUUCUAAACUUUCACACAUUGUACCACUAAUCUAGCUUAGUUGACAAGAUUGUCAACUUUUAGAUUAAUAAUUUAUUGUUUAAGAUCUCAACUGCAGAAUUUUUUGAAUUGAUUUACUAUUGUGAAAUUAAGUUUAAGAUUUAUAGAUACAUUUAAAAAAAAUCUAAAUUGGGCCAUUUCAAAUCAUUAAAUAUUUCACAAAUGUAAUGUGUUCUUCAUAUUAUAAAGUAAUUGACCAUGAUAUUUCACAUAUAGGAAUAACAAGCUACUUUUUAUGUUUUUAGACUUAAUACAAUGAUAUAUUGUAAAUUGUAAAAUACACUCUAUGCCCUGCAGCAUUUAUUUACAUUUUCAAAGCAGGCACUGUAGAGGGUCCUUGUAAAGCCAUGCAUCACAUUCUGAUACACAAAACGACCCUUUUAACUGGUAGAUUUUAAAUUGUUCCCGCAAAACUGUUUAAGACCUAUGUGUAUUUUGUUUAUUACAUUGUAU